AAUAAUCAAAAAAUGCCAUCUUCUGAGGAAAAAAAUAAAAAAAAAACUGAAUUUUUUGACGACCCAUUUCGUUUUUAGGCCUCAAUGUUGUUGAGGAAACAAGGGUCUCUUUGAUGGGUGUUUGAUUUUCUUUUUCCCUGCUUUGUUAUCAGAGAGAGAGAGAGAGAGAGAGGCCAUGGGAAACUGCUUGAAUUUUUUGAGCUCUAAUGUGAAGUCUGAGAAUGCUCGAGUCUCUGACAAUGCAUCUAAUCAUCCCUCAAGACCCACUGCCAAACCAUGCAUAUCCACUGCUCCUGCCACUGUGGCAGCACGCUUAAGUCCUCUAACUCUUUCCAUACCUUCUCAUACUCAAGGGAGCAGCAGUGGUUCUCUUCCUACGCCACGAACCGAAAGUGAAAUAUUAUCUAGCCGUAGUCUGAAGGCCUUCACAUUCAACGAGCUGAAAACUGCAACUAGAAAUUUCCGUCCUGACAGUCUUGUUGGUGAAGGAGGAUUCGGUUAUGUCUUUAAAGGUUGGAUCGAUUCACAAACGUUUACUGCUUCGAAGCCUGGUUUGGGCAUGGUGGUUGCUGUCAAGAAGCUUAAACCGGAGGGUUCUCAAGGCCACAAGGAAUGGCUUACAGAAGUUAAUUAUCUCGGUCAGCUUCACCAUCCCAAUUUGGUAAAGCUCAUUGGAUAUUGUUUAGAUGGUGGUCACCGGCUCUUGGUCUAUGAAUUUAUGCCAAGAGGGAGUCUUGAGAACCAUCUUUUUAGAAGAGGUCCCCAACCUCUUUCUUGGGCAACAAGAAUUAAAGUAGCCAUUACUGCUGCCAAGGGACUCACAUUUUUGCAUGAUCCUGAAAGACAAGUGAUAUAUCGAGAUGUUAAGGCUUCCAAUAUUCUUCUCGAUUUGGAAUUUAAUGCGAAACUGUCAGACUUUGGCUUGGCGAAGGCUGGCCCAACCGGAGAUAAGACACACGUCUCUACACGAGUCAUUGGUACUCAGGGAUACGCUGCACCAGAGUAUAUUGCAACAGGUCGUUUAUCUGCAAAGGCCGACAUCUACAGCUUUGGUGUUGUGUUAUUGGAGCUGUUAUCAGGACGCCCAGCUUUUGAUAGCUCAAAACCAAGUACAGAACAAAACCUCGUUGACUGGGCUAAGCCUUUUCUGGGUGACAAGAGAAAACUAUUCCGAAUAAUGGAUUCUAAGUUAGAAGGUCAAUACCCGAAGAAAGUGGCCUAUGCCUUUGCAAUUCUCGCCUUGCAAUGCAUUAGCAAUGAUCCCAGGAAAAGGCCUUGUAUGUCUGAAGUGUUGCCAGUGCUGGAGCAGCUUCAGGAUCCAAAGAAUGCAGAUAAAAUUCUCCAAAAUGUACGUGUAAAAUCAAUAACCGGUAAGAAAUCACCAAUGGGGCAUAAUGCAUUGCCACACCGGUCAGCUCCCAGUUCAUCAUCGCUCCAGCAAACUCCGGAUGCCUCACCACUCCGGCGUACUCCGCCUAGAUCACCCAUUCGGCAGACUCCUGGUGGAUCGCCAUUUCGGCAGACUCCUGGUGGAUCGCCUCUUCGACAGACUCCUAGUGGAUCGCCUCUUCGGCGGACUCCUGGUGGAUCACCCUUGCCAUCCAAUAGACAAUCACCUAGCAUGCAUUGAGUUUGAUUCACACAUUUCAGAUGGUAUUUCCUUGCUCCCUUUUUUUACAAGGGUUAACUGGCAGACUCCUGGUGGAUCACCCUUGACAUCCAAUAGACAAUCACCUAGCAUGCAUUGAGUUUGAUUCACACAUUUCAGAUGGUAUUUCCUUGCUCCCUUUUUUUCACAAGGGUUAACUGGCAGACUCCUGGUGGAUCACCCUUGCCAUCCAAUAGACAUUCACCUAGCAUGCAUUGAGUUUGAUUCACACGUUUCAGAUGGACACCUUUGAUUAAUCCCGAUCGCAAUAUGAUGGGAUCUAUUGGACGCAUUUUCCUCACUUUUGAACUUUUAAAAUAGAACACAAAAUAUAACAGAAAUGACAAGGUGAGCGCAUGGUCCUUGUUAUGUAUUCUGUAUAAAGAAUGAAGAGUAGCUGAAAAAGAAAUUGAAAGAAAUGUUAUUAGCAAUGUAAUAUCUUUCUUA